CGGAAGUACAUUAUUUCCGGAUAUAGAACUCAGUCCGGCAGUAAUCUAGUCGUAAAGAGAUAAACACUAUAAACUGGACUUAAAUAAAUUGAUAGCGAUUCGAUUUUUGAUGUAUUGGGUUAGAUUGACCUUUGUUUUGACUUGUUUAGCAACAUGUCAUUGUUUAAUCGAAAAGGAUGAGAAAGAAGUGGACUAUUGUGAUCUUAAACUGUGGCUUGAAUCUACAUCAUUGUCAGUGGAGAUUUCCAAACAGGGUUUCCACAGGGAGGUGACGACCACAGUUGAGCUCAGUCCUGCUGCGCCCAGUCGAGUGAGAGUCUUGCUGGUGUAUCGAUGGCCAAGAGGGGUCUUCAUUGAUCCAUAUCAACUUGCAUCCCUGAAACAUCAAGGGGAUUGGCAGAUAUUACUAGAUUCAGCCAUUGACCUUGAGGUACCUGCUCACAAGACUUCAGGAUUUGUCUCCUACGUGUAUCCCACUCCUGCUGAUUCAACACCCAGACGGGUAAAAUUCACAAUCCCAAUACAUGGCCGCUACCAUGAGCCCUCUGCUGUUGGGAAAACUUUUUCAUCUGUUGACAUACAUGCGCCAGAACUGCUGCUGCAGAAUGACAAAUGUUUGCAUCUCAAUAGCUUAGAGCCUAACACUGUUGUGGAUGCGCCCUGCACUGUUGACAAUUCAAGCACAUGUUCUUGGUUUAAAUUCCAGUAUUAUCAGAAGCAUGGCCCCAAGAAAUUACAGUUCCCAGUCGGUGAUGGGUCUAUGGUGAUACCGGUAUGUGGAGGAACUCUUCUGGUCACAGUGAUCUGUUGUGUGGUGCUGACCAAAUACAUGUACACUCAUCAAACUAUGUAUUGAUGGUGGCAUACCCUUUGCUGAACAACUAAUGAUUUCAUUAUUGUCAUGUUUUGUCAGCUAGCAGGUUUGUUCUAAUUCCAUUAUGAUGAAUGAAUAAUUCAAAAUAAGAAGUGUGACUCCUAGAAAGAACAAGCUUCAUAAUUGUGAAAGUUCUGGAUUUUAAUCUGCAAAGUACUUAAGAUAACUCUCAUUUGCAUGUUUAGUGAAGGCCUCAAUACUGUUGUGGAAAUGUUUUUGAAGCCUGGGACAUAUUGGAAGUUGAUUUGUUUUCGUUUUUUACUCCAUUUAAAACUCUUCAAGGGUAAAUGUUGUGUGGCAACAAAUCAUGUUUGUAGAACUUUUUAUUAUGACUGUAGAAAAAAAAAUCAGUGCUCAAGUGAUUUUUAUCUCGGUGAAGCAAAGACAUAUACCUGAUUAUAUGUUGACUGUAAAGUUAAUUUUUAUCCUGCUCUACCUCUGCUGUGCUUAGAAAUGUCAGAUUGUAAACUGUAAGUGCAGGUUAUAAAAUAAUGUUAAAUAUUGAUGUUAGAUUCAUAGUCUUGCAUACAUGCAACCUUUUAUAGUCAUUCAUUUUGAAAUUAUAUGUAAAAGAGUUGACUGUACAUAAAUAAAAUGUGGCAUUUCUCUCCUUUUUUUAAACUUUGGUUUAAUCUAGGUUUGAUGUCACACAAGACAACCAAAA